UCUCAGGGUGUUUUUUUUUUUUCAUUUCCAUUUUUGUAUAGAAAGCCAAAAAAUAUAUAUUUUAGAAACGAUUCGAAAUUGCCGGGAGACCUUUUCGCGGAUCGUAUUGUCUAACGCAAACAACGCGAUCGCAGUGGAUUUUGAUUGAGGUGAAAAAUAAAUUUUUAUUAGAGAGACAAAAAUUCAAAAUGGAUAACAGUAAUACGUCGAGGAGUUGGCUUUCGAAGUUACAGCCGAGGGAUAAGACGAGGUCAUCGAGGAAGAAUCAAGCAUCGUCAAGCAGCGGAGGUGGAGGAGGCGAAGGCAAUCAAGACGGGAUUACGGAUGAAGAAGCUCUUUCCAAUAUCACCAAACAAAAAGCCGCUGCUGCCAAGCAGUAUAUUGAGAAUCAUUACAAGGAGCAAAUGAAGAAUCUUCAAGACAGAAAAGAGAGACGAAUGGUCCUUGAAAAGAAGUUGGCAGAUGCUGAUGUCUCCGAGGAAGAUCAAAACAACUUACUAAAGUUCUUGGAGAAAAAGGAAACUGAAUACAUGCGCCUUCAGAGGCAUAAAAUUGGUGUUGAAGACUUUGAAUUAUUAACUAUAAUUGGCAAGGGUGCGUUUGGAGAGGUUAGAAUUUGUAGGGAAACAACAGGCCAAGUGUAUGCUAUGAAGAAGCUUAAGAAAUCAGAAAUGCUUCGAAGAGGCCAGGUUGAGCACGUGAAAGCUGAAAGGAACCUACUUGCUGAAGUUGAUAGCAAUUGUAUUGUCAAACUAUACUUUUCUUUCCAAGAUGAUGAUUUCCUUUAUCUUAUAAUGGAAUAUCUACCUGGUGGAGAUAUGAUGACUUUACUUAUGCGAAAGGAUAUCUUGAGUGAUGAUGAAGCUAGAUUUUAUGUAGCAGAAACAGUUUUGGCUAUUGAGUCUAUCCACAGACACAAUUAUAUUCAUAGGGAUAUCAAGCCUGAUAAUUUGCUUCUGGAUAGAUAUGGACACUUGAGAUUGUCAGAUUUUGGACUAUGUAAACCCUUGGAUUGCAGUACUCUCCAAGAACAGGAUUUUUCUGGUGCGAACAUUAAUGAAGGUACAGAAAAUGAUGAACGCUCAGCAGCUCCAAAACGAACACAACAAGAGCAACUAGAGCAUUGGCAAAAGAACCGGAGAAUGCUUGCUUAUUCUACUGUUGGUACUCCCGACUAUAUUGCUCCAGAAGUCCUUUUGAAGAAGGGUUAUGGAAUGGAAUGUGAUUGGUGGUCACUUGGUGCCAUCAUGUUCGAAAUGCUAGUGGGAUAUCCACCUUUUUAUUCAGAUGAUCCGAUGACAACUUGUAGAAAGAUAGUAAACUGGAAAAAUCAUUUGAAGUUUCCUGAAGAAGCCAAUUUGUCUUCAGAGGCACAAGAUCUGAUUAACAAACUCCUGUGUAAUGUCAAUCAAAGACUAGGAUCAAACGGAGCAAAUGAAAUUAAGGCUCAUCCAUGGUUUGAAGGUGUGGACUGGGAUAGGAUAUAUCAAAUGGAUGCUGCAUUUAUUCCCGAGGUUAAUGAUGAGCUAGAUACUCAAAAUUUUGAAAAGUUCGAUGAGUCUGAGAAUCCGGUUCGAAAACCAUCAUCAAAAUCUGGUCCAUGGAGGAAAAUGCUUUCGUCAAAGGACCUCAACUUUGUGGGAUACACAUACAAAAAUUUUGAAAUUGUCAAUGACUAUGCAGUGCCUGGGAUGGCUGAGUUGAAGAAGAAGAGCACCCAAUCAAGGAGGCCGUCAGUAAAGUCACUUUUUGAUGGCGAAGACUCACAGGACGGUUCGGACUCAGCCGCUAACGAUCAGUCUGUUUAACGAAGCUUUUUUCUUGAAUCUCUUAAGCCUCUGCAACCGGAAGGCACUGAAAGAUCAGUGCGGAUCCGAUUAACCCCAUUUUUUUUUCGAACCAAGUCAAUGCAGUAGCAUCACUAAACCAGUAAACCAACACAAAAGGUACCCGUUUUUUUCAUAUUGCCUUUUGCAGUUGGUCUCAUUGGUGGGUGGUGGCUAUAUCUGCUGGAACUUUCAGGUUUGAUUUACAGCUUAAGAUCUAUAUACCAAGGAAAACUACUGCUAACCAAAGUUUUAUAUAUAUAAAUAAAUUUUUAAAAUUUUCAUUAUUUAAAUAAAUAUAAAAACAAAUGAGAGAAUAGAAAAAGGAAAAAAAAAAGGGACUAAGCUGUAAUUACUGAUUCAUUUUCAAAUAGGUGUAAAAAUAUUUAUUUUCCUUGUUUUAGUGUUAAAAAUGUUCUUGUACCAAUACAUUUUAUUAUAUUUUUAUAA